CCCGCGCUGACCCCUGUGUCUCUGCUGGACCACUGUGGAGAAUAGGAGCCACCUGGACAACAAGGACUUCUCAUGGAGACCAGAAAAAGAAUAUAUUGGAAAGAAAUCUAAUUACAGAUUGUGUGGGAGAAGAACACAGGAAGAAUCUGUAGAAUGCAGUCAGAGAAUCCAAGAGCGAGAAUUUGGAAAACAAAAUAGCAAUACGGCCGACAACUAUGGUGUACUAUGACCUGACUAAACCUCCAGCGCAGCUGUGGAUCUAGACCUUCAACUCAAGCCCACAUGUUCCCCGCCUUGUCUUACUGAAACUGGAAUCUCUAGAGAAGUAUUGCUGGGCCGAGGUCACCAUCUUUGAUUCUCCCUCAUAUCUGCCUUCUUGGACUUGCACUAAAAUACCAAAAUUCUUCAACGUCCCUCUGGUUCCUUAAGGCAGGUCCACUUUUUCAUGGUCACAUACUGGAUCCAAACACUGGACUUGUGGCCACUGAAGACUUAGCCACUGAACUAUGGCGGCUGGAGUGGCAACAUGGCUUCCCUUCGCUCGAGCAGCAGCGGUGGGAUGGCUUCCUCUUGCGAAGAGGCCAAUGCCCAAGCCUCCAAGCGACAAGAGAAAAAGAAGCGACGAAAUACUGGUGGUGAACGUCAGUGGUAGGAAAUUCCAGACGUGGAAAAAUACGUUGGACCGCUACCCGGACACUUUGUUAGGAAGCACUGAGAAGGAAUUCUUUUUCAACCAGGAGACACAGGAAUAUUUUUUUGACCGGGAUCCAGAGAUGUUUAGGCACAUUCUCAACUUCUACCGAACAGGCAAGCUACAUUAUCCACGCCAUGAGUGUAUCCAAGCCUAUGAUGAAGAGCUGUCAUUCUAUGGUAUCAUACCGGAGAUCAUCGGAGAUUGUUGUCUAGAAGAAUAUCGCGACCGUAAAAAAGAGAACCUGGAGAGACUCGCGGAGGAUACGGAAGCAGAAACGGCUAAUGAUACCCCUCUACCCCCUGACAGUACCUUCCGACAAAGACUGUGGAGGGCCUUUGAAAACCCUCACACCAGCACUAUGGCUCUUGUUUUCUAUUACGUCACGGGUUUCUUCAUUGCCGUCUCAGUGAUCGCAAACGUGGUGGAAACGGUGCCUUGUCGUCCACCACCUGGGCGCCUUAAGGAUCUGCCUUGUGGGGAAAAAUACAUGACAGCCUUUGACUGCAUGGAUACGGCCUGUGUCCUCAUCUUCACCUUCGAGUACCUUAUGAGACUCUUUGCAGCCCCAAGUCGUUGUAAGUUCAUGCGUAGUGUCAUGAGUAUCAUUGACGUGGUGGCCAUCAUGCCCUACUACAUACAGCUGGUCAUGCCGGAGAACGAUAAUGUAAGCGGUGCCUUUGUCACGUUACGUGUUUUCCGAGUCUUCCGCAUCUUCAAGUUCUCCCGACACUCCCAAGGACUACGGAUUCUCGGGUACACCUUGAAGAGCUGCGCCUCCGAGCUCGGCUUUCUCCUUUUCUCCUUGACCAUGGCCAUCAUCAUCUUCGCCACUGUGAUGUUCUAUGCAGAGAAGGGAACGAGCAAGACAAAGUUCACUAGCAUUCCGUCGUCCUUCUGGUACACUAUUGUUACCAUGACAACGCUGGGGUAUGGAGACAUGGUACCAGACACCAUAGCCGGGAAAAUCUUUGGCUCCAUUUGCUCCCUUAGUGGUGUGCUGGUGAUUGCACUGCCAGUCCCUGUCAUCGUAUCGAAUUUCAGCCGUAUUUACCACCAAAACCAGAGAGCCGACAAGCGGCGGGCACAGCAGAAAAUCCGAUUGGCCAGGAUCAGAUUGGCGAAAUAUAACACGACCAACGCCUUCCUGCGUUACAAGGAGAGCGGCGGCCUGGAGGAGGACACUGAGGCUCACGCCCUUUGUGUGAAGAACCGCUCGGCCUUCGAACUCCAGCAUCAUCACCUGCUGCACUGUCUGGAGAAGACCACGUGCCAUGAGUUUACCGAUGAGCACACCUACAGCGAAGCGCUAAUGACCGAGUCCUUCGGGUACCGGACCAGCCGCAGCACCUCCAUCUCCUCGCAGCAGGGUCUAACCACGUCUUGCUGCCCACGAAGAGCCAAGCGCCGUGCCAUACGACUUGCUAACUCCACUGUCUCCGUCAGUCGUGGCAGCAUGCAAGAGCUGGAAACCCUGCAUGGACAGAAGGGUCUCAGCCAGAGCCGCUCCAGCCUCAACGCCAAAAGCCUGAAGCUGAACUGCGAGACGACCGAUCUAACGGCGGCCAUUAUCAGCAUCCCGACGCCCCCUGCCAACACUCCGGACGAGCCCUCGUCACCAAACGCCGGCGUCGUGAGGAACUCCAGCGUCACCGCCAGAUACUAUCAGGAGACUGUCAGGAUUUCCAGCUUGUAGGGUCUGGUAUACCCCAGAGAAGGAGUGACGUCUCCAGAAACACUGUGACACCACACGAACACAGAACACCUCACAUCAGGACAAUCAGUCCAUCUCCACUAGGACAGCAGAAGCCAUCCGACAAAAACCACACACGCAUCGGGACAACAAACUCCACUGCUGCUGCACAACAGCCUCACUGCAAAAAACACGCUCCCCUCACCCAAUACAGCACAACUUGGGUCGUCUCCAUUGCCCAUGGCAUCUGUACUCC